AUGCAAUGCCAACCAGGCUACCGCUAUCCAGUUGACAUCUCCAGUCUCGACCACGGCGUCCUCCAAGGCCCGGAUCUUCAACUACCACGUCGUCCCCCACUUCAACAUCGCCGCCGUCGGUGCGGCCCUCGAACUCGGCACCGUAGUCUGGGACUGAGAUGUGUCGGUGGCGUUGCCAGCGUGGGCGGCGAGUCGAGCAAUGAGGAGACCUUCUCCUGCGACAGCAUCCUGACCACGUACUUCGACCCGACCGAUGACUGGGUGUCCAAGUGUUUGGCCUCCAUGCCCGUCCACGACUACACCGUGGGCUCGGCCUGCACGAAGGAGGUCUACAUCAUUACGGGGCUAAAGGUGGCAACGAACCUACACUUUGGCAGCGAGGCAGUGCGGAAGGCCGACGCUGAUACCAGAGUUGGAGUCAACAUGCCAUAG